GCCGCCCGCCGCCGCAGUGACAGCUCCGCCCGGUGCCCGUCAGGCCCUGCCCAGCCGAGCCGCGCAGCGGGAGCGGGGCGGACCGGCCAUGGCCGACGACUUCGGCUUCUUUUCCUCUUCUGAGGCGGCCGGCGCCGAGGAGGACCCGGCCGCCGCUUUCCUGGCCCAACAGGAGAGCGAGAUCGCGGGCAUCGAGAACGACGAGGGCUUCGGGCCGACCGACGGCGAGUCGGCCACCGCCCCGACCGGGCAGGCGGCCCAGCCGGAACCGGCUGGUUUCCAGAAUGGAGGAACCACCGUCAAUGGAGAUGUCUUCCAGGAGUCCAAUGGCCCCACCGAUGCCUACGCAGCCAUAGCCAAGGCUGACCGGCUGACCCAGGAACCUGAGAGCAUCCGUAAGUGGAGGGAGGAGCAGAAGAAGCGCCUGGAGGAGCUAGAUGCAGCAUCAAAGGUAACUGAGCAGGAAUGGCGUGAGAAGGCCAAGAAGGACCUGGAGGAGUGGAACCUGCGUCAGAAUGAGCAGAUGGAGAAGAACCGAGCAAACAACAGGAUCGCUGACAAAGCCUUUUACCAGCAGCCGGACGCCGAUGUGAUCGGUUAUGUGGCCUCAGAAGAAGCAUUCCUGAAGGAGUCUAAGGAGGAAACCCCUGGCUCCGAAUGGGAGAAGGUGGCCCAGCUCUGUGAUUUCAAUCCCAAGAGCAGCAAGCAGAGCAAGGAUGUCUCGCGGAUGCGCUCGGUGCUCAUCUCCCUCAAACAGACACCCCUGUCCCGUUAGCUGCUGCCUGGCACAGCUGGAGCACAGCCAGGCAGGGCUGGGCUCACAGAGCCCAAAGAGGGGCCUCAUCCUGCCUGCUCCCGUCUGUGCACCUCUGCUGUGCUCGAGUCACUGGUUGUAACUCUCCCCAUGGUUUUCCUUUGCUUAAAAGGUGCAUCGGUCUCUUUUUA